CGCGCACAAUGGCGGUGACGCGCCCUGCGGCGGGAGCGCGCCGAGGCGCCGCCAUGUUCUCGGGGCUGCAGGAGCUCGGCAUUGCGAGCGGGGACGAGCUGAAGGAGACGCUGACCAACUGUGCAGAGCCGCUCAAGGCCAUCGACCAGUUCCAGAUUGAAAAUGGAAUAUUGCUGCCAUCAUUGCAGUCGGCUCUGCCUUUCCUCGACCUGCACAGCAUUCCCCGGCUCGAAUUCCACCAGUCUGUGUUUGAUGAGUUACGAGAUAAACUGCUGGAUAAAGUUGCCACCAUAGCAUCAGAAGGAAAGGAUGGUGACAGGUACAAGAAGCUGGAAGAUCUGCUGGGGAAAUGUUUUCCAUUGGUUAAAGUCCCCUCGAUACAACCCGUUGUAAUGUGUGUGAUGAAGCACUUGCCCAAGGUGCCGGAAGAAAAGCUAAAGCUAGUAAUGGCAGAUAAGGAACUCUACAAGAUAUGUGCCACAGAGGUCAAACGUCAGAUCUGGCAGGAUAACCAGGCUUUAUUUGGAGAUGAAGUCUCCCCAUUGUUGAAACAGUACAUAAUUGAGAAAGAAAACGCACUCUUCAGCAGUGAACUCUCCGUCCUGCAUAACUUCUUCUCGGCAUCCCCCAAAACAAGACGCCAGGGAGAGGUGGUUCAGAAAUUAACCAAUAUGAUUGGGAAAAAUGUGAAGUUGUAUGACAUGGUGCUUCAGUUCCUACGGACUCUCUUCCUACGAACAAGAAAUGUCCAUUAUUGCACGCUGCGGGCAGAACUCUUGAUGUCUUUGCAUGACCUGGAUAUCAGUGAAAUAUGUUCCGUGGAUCCUUGCCACAAGUUUACCUGGUGCCUUGAUGCUUGCAUUAGAGAGAGAUUUGUCGAUGCCAAGAGAGCUCGCGAGUUGCAGGGUUUUUUGGAUGGAGUUAAGAAGGGCCAGGAGCAGGUAUUGGGUGACCUCUCCAUGAUCCUCUGUGACCCGUUUGCAAUAAAUACAUUGGCUCUGAGUACUGUGAAGAACCUACAGGAGUUGGUCAGCCAGGAUGCAUUACCCAGAGACAGUGCAGACCUUCUCCUCCUGCUGCGUAUGCUGUCGUUGGGACAAGGGGCCUGGGAUAUGAUCGACAGUCAGGUGUUCAAGGAACCAAAAAUGGAGAUAGAACUCAUCACCAAAUUCUUACCAAACCUAAUGGCCUUUGUGGUAGAUGAUCACAGUUUCAACGUGGACCAAAAACUGCCAACGGAGGAGAAAGCUGCAAACUUGUACCCCACAAGUCUUCCAGAACCCUUUAUCAAGUUCAUUCAGGAGAAUCGUGUAGCUUGUGAAAUCGCAUUGUACUAUGUCCUGCACAUCACGAAGCAGAGGAAUAAGAAUGCCAUUCUACGAUUACUGCCUUCCUUGGUGGAAACGUACAACAGCAUGGCAUUUAGCGAUAUUUUCUUGCACCUCUUCACAAGUCAUCUAACACUGUUGACAGAGGAAUUUGCUGCAGAAGACUUCUGCAUUGCUCUUUUUGAUGGUUUCAUCCUUACAACCUUCUCCAGUAAAGAAAACGUCCACAGGCAUGUCCUACGCCUGCUACUGCAUCUUCACCAUAAGGUGGUUCCUUCAAAGAUGAUCUCUCUGCAGAAGGCACUGGAACCCACCAAACAGAGCACUGACGCAGUGAAGGAAUUACAUAAUCAACUUACUGAAAAGAUUGAGUGUCUUAAGCAGAGUCCUACGCAAAUGGCGGAGACUCCACCACUGGAACUACCAUUACGGACAGUGUCUGCACCGGCUGCUGCCAUCUGAUGGAUCCAGAUCACCAUUAUGAUUGAAGUAUUACUGUGCUUUAGAGAUUAAUAUCUACUCAUUGUUUUAAGAAGAAUCGUGAGGCACAGAAAUUGCACACUGUUCAAUUAGUUCAUUCUUUGUAGAUUCAUAAAUAUUAGUGUUAAAUAGUACGUGAAUAAUUAACAUGUGUUACGUCUACUUGUCAUAAAUUGUUCCAUUGGACUCAGAAUUACCUGUUGGAUGCAGCUGUGCCUUUCAUAAUCUGGAGCAAAAGAGAAUAACUUUGCAGUAAUAUGUUCAUAUCAUCGUCAAUGACAGUUUAUCGGACGGUAGCUAUGUCACUGAAGGUCAUUAUUAUUGAAAUAUUGGUGACACAUUUUUGAAUGCUUUAUUAUUUAUGCUGACAUUUCCUUUCACAUUUUUUUGGUUUAUAUAAUCUUAAUUUAUCCAUCGUGAGCAGACCAGAGGAGUAGCUGGUUACAAAGGAAGAAACAAUAUAUUUUUGUGAACCAAACUUCAGAUUUACACGUUUUUUUAAAUGUAAUUUUAUCAAAUGGCCACUGUAAUUUUGUUUUAAAACUCCCUGAGCGGUAUCACUGUCAUGAUUAUAGCAGUAAAGUGAGAAAUAUUGUGGAAUCUACUGCAUUACCGAAACAUAAUGAUUUCAAAGUAAAAGAUUACUUUGCAGAUAAUUGUAAAUUGGUGUUUCAACACAGUCAACUGAAAAUGUGCUCCAGAUAAUUAAUUUCUUAUUCAACAAAGCAACAAGGUAGGUGCUAAGAACUUUGAAAUAUGUUUAUAAAAAAAUAAAGGGAAAUUUUUUUUGAAUAUA